CUUGGACCGCCGCGAGAUCUCUGCUGCGGUAAGCACGUUCGCCGCCUUGGCUUUUGCAUACGCAUUCAUCGGGAUGUACGAUUCCUGGUCGGGUUUGGCUAGAUUCUCUAGAUCCAACGCCUGGUAAGCGUGUGCGGCGCUCGAGACGAAAACGACCCGCGGGGUGAAUGCCGCCGUGUGCGUGGCUACGAUCUUCGGCGCUAUGAGGGCCGUGAAGAGGAAGGGGCCGAGGUGGUCCGUGCCCAUUUGGCUCUCGAAACCGUCCACAGUGAACUUGUAUCUGCCGACGGCGGCAGCGGCGUUGUUGAUCAGGACGUGAAUAGGCUCGGCGUAGGCGUUGACUUCAGCUGCAGCCCGUCGGACAUCUCCAAGAGACGAGAGAUCCACGACCAGGGGUCGAAUUUCGGCGCUGGGUCCAUCUUUCGCCAGCUCGGUCUGCGUGAGCUGCAAUCUGCAAUGCCAUGAUUAGCGCCCAGUGCUGCGUGGAACGCGUCAAGACACGCUCACCGUUCCUUGUUGUAUCCAGUGAUGAUGACGAGAUGAGCAUAUUUGGCUAUGGCGCGCGCUGUCUCAAAACCGAUCCCGUUCAGAGAUGUUCCAGUGAUAAGCACUGCGGUAUCGCCGGGGUCAAUGGGUGCGCCAACAAGCUCGUCAGGAGAGACACACCAUUCUUGCCCUUUAUCUGGUCUGUGAAAGCCGUGGCGACCUCCUCAGCAGUAGUUUCGGCGUUGAAAGUUGGUCUCAAGCUACGACUCGGAGCAUUUAUAUCACAGUUCGGUCUGAUGACCAAUUCCCGAUAGAGAAAGGAUAUCCCGAUUCAUGUGCUCAGUGAGUCUUCUCCGACCUUGAUCGGAAUACACAUACGUUACCAAUCAGUGUGGCCGGCGUACAAUUCCUUUGACAGAACAUCCAGCAAUGGUUGAAUACGGUCAUGUGGCAUUGAGAGUUUCGGAGGUCAGAAGUGACUCGGAAGAAUGAAAC